UUGGAACAGUUAGUGACACCGAUAAUGGAGGAUCCAGUGAUUUUGCCGGAAGAUACCGAUGUGGCUUCAGUUUUGUGUAAAACUGAUUAUGUUGAGGACGAUGUUGAUGUCAAAAUAGAGGAUGAUAUGAUUGACAACAUCGAAGGUCACAAUGAGACAAAUCACACUAAAAGUGAAGAAAAGCUGGAAAUGAAAGUUGAACCGGAGCUAGACCCAGACAAUCUAACGCUGCUAGAAAUUAAAGCUGAAAUGUACCGCGGUGGUGACAAUAUAAAGGGAGAGAAGAGGAAAAAACGAGGGAAAGAGAAAGACAAGGAGUGUCGAGUGUCGAAGAAAAGCCAACAGCACCAGAGACGGGCGCGGCGGAACCAGUCCAACCAGCAGUUGGAAGAACACUUCACCAUCACACAGUUCCUCACUGAGGAUGAACAGAUUCAAGAGUUCUUAAAGAGGAAAGAUAGCGAAGGCUACUUGGAGGGCAAGUUCAAGUGCCAGCUGUGCCUCAAGAGCUUCAAGGAGCAAAAGUGGAUGGACGCCCACACACAAAAACACGAGCCAUCUUCCGGUUCGUACGUGUGCACAAUUUGCCACAUCCGGAGUCGAACCCCGAAGCUGUACCGCACACACCGCGACUCGAACCACACGACCCGUUACUCAUGCAGAAGAUGCCAAUUCUUCACUUAUAGCAAAGCGCAGGCGCUGAAGCAUCACGGCUGGCACGAGGGGGUGGAGCAUACCUGCCAGCACUGUGGGGCGACUUUCCGAAAACACACAACGUACAUGGGUCACCUCCGCCGCGCGCACCCCUCGGCCCAUAUAUGCGGCGUGUGUGCUCGCAGCUUCGUCAGCGCCUACGGGCUCAACCUACACGUCAAGGCUGUUCAUAAGGAUAUAAAUAAACUGGAGAACGACAGCACUCGGUGUGAGGAGUGUGACGUCACAUUUGUGUCACGACAGAUGUAUGUCAGGCAUCUACUCAUCACCGAGAGACACAAGGACAUGUCCAGAGAUAUAUUGGGCUGCAGAAAGUGCGGCGAACAGUUCCAGAGUACAGACGACAUGGAAAAACACACGCACUAUAAAGAGAGGAAGUACGUUCGGAAAGAUACGCCGAGGCGGACCAUCAAAUGUGACGAGUGUUCAGAGGUGUUCUCGCAUCCAAACGGAGUAUACCAGCACUAUCUUCGCGAACAUCCUGACACGCCAUAUCGGUUCGCGGUGAGACGGCACUAUCUGUGCGAGCAGUGCGGAAAGACUUUCAAGUCGCCAGGUUUGCUUCAACAGCACGGGCUGACUCACCUCGGGCUCCGCCCCCCGGCCGCUAAGAAGCCCCCAGGACGCAACUCGUGCCGUCUCUGCGGGAAAACUUAUAGCAAACUCAGCGGCCUGUUCCGACACAAGCUGACACACCUAGGUGUCCGUCGUCACAAAUGCCAUAUCUGCGAGAAGGCUUUUACGGACACGUCCAACCUGAAACAACACGUGCAAGGCGUACAUCUCAACAUACGGAGGAUCAGGAAACGAUAAUAUAGUGCUUACAAGCGUAUGGGUUGUUAAUAUGUUAAAAUACAGUGAUUACAUGCGUAUGGUUUGUUAUAUGUCAAUAUACAGUGGUUACAGGAGUAUGUGUUUUAUUGUACGUGCAUCUCACGUACGAGGAUCAGGAUACGAUAGUACAGCGCUUACAUGCG